AUGAAAAGUGGAGAAUCGGUUGCUGAUUGUUUGUCUAGAGCAACGACAAUAGUCAGCCAAAUGCGAUCCUACGGAGAGAAAAUUGUCGAUCAAACGAUCAUUGAAAAGGUAUUGAGAAGCUUGACCCCAAAAUUCAACCACGUAGUCGCUGUGAUUGAAGAAUCGAAAGAUUUAUCAAUUUAUUCAUUUGAUGAACUAAUGGGUUCAUUGCAAGCACAUGAGGCUAGAUCAACCGUUCACAUGAAAAAAAAUGAAGAAAAGGCAUUUCAAGUGAAAGGUCCAGCAGCAAGAAAUGGCUGGAGUGAGAACUCGACAUACAAGGGCCGUGGAAGAGGAGGUUUUCGUGGUCGUGGUCGAGGUAAUGGAAGAGGCAGAGGUUGUUAUGAUGGGCAACGACAAUCCAAUGAACCAAGGAACAACAAGAGCAACGUCCAAUGUCAUCAUUGCCAAAAGUUUUGGCAUGUACAAGCUGAUUGUUGGUACAAAGACCAACAAAUCAACUUUGCGGCAGAAAAUGGAGACGAAGGCAAGCUUUUUAUGGCUCAUUGCAAGGCUAAUUCUCAGUCACGCAUCGUAGACAACGGUUGUUCGAAUCAUAUGACCGGCACCAAAUCAAUGUUUACGGAGCUUGACGAGAGCAAAGAAUGCAGGUUGAACUAG